AUGUCCAACUCUGCAGACGAGCCCGAGCCCAUUGCAGUCAUAGGCACCAGCUGCAGAUUUCCUGGGGGUGCUUCAUCGCCAUCCAAGCUGUGGGAUUUGCUGGCCACGCCCACGGACCUCGUGAAAAAAGUUCCGGCAAGCCGCUUCGGCUCCGAAGCAUUCUAUAAUUCUGAUCCAUCGUAUCAUGGAAGCUUCCACACCCAGCGUGCCUAUUUUAUGGAAGAGGAUAUCCGCCUUUUCGACAAUGCUUUCUUUGGUCUCUCCCCAAGGGAUGCUCAGUCCAUGGACCCUCAACAUCGUCUUCUGCUUGAAGCGGUUUACGAGGGCGUGGAAUCGGCCGGAUACUCCAUCUCGCACCUGCGGGGCUCUGACACGGGUGUCUUUGUCGGACGAUCUAGUGGCGACUAUGGGGGUAUGAUGGCACAAGACCUCGAAAACUAUCAUCCGUCGGGAUUGACAGGCACGGCCGCGUCCAUUCUCGCGAAUCGCGUCUCUUACUUCUUUGACUGGACAGGGCCAUCAAUGGCGCUUGACACAGCCUGCUCCUCGGGUAUGCUCGCGCUGCAUCUGGCUGUCCAGGCUCUCCGGGCCGGCGAGACCAAGGUAGCUGUUGCAGCGUCAACAAAUAUGUUGCUCGGGCCCGAGGCCUUUAUUGGUUUAGGUCAGCUGCACAUGCUUUCGCCGAAUGGAAGGUCUUGGAUGUGGGACGCAAGUGCAGAUGGCUUCACGCGUGGCGAGGGCAUCGGAGCUCUGAUCUUAAAACCCCUAAGUCAAGCCAUCGCGGAUAACGACCACAUUGAGAGCAUUAUUCGCAACACGGGUACGAACCAAGACGGCCGAACUCGAGGUAUUACCUUGCCCAACGCCGAGGCGCAGACGGCCCUCAUUCGGUCUACGUACGCCAAAUGUGGUUUGGACGUAACCACCCCAGAGGGCCGGCCGCAGUUUUUCGAAGCACACGGAACGGGGACCCCUGCCGGAGACCCACUUGAGGCCGAGGCAAUCCACCGCGCCUUGUUUCCCACAGGAUAUAAGGGUACGGAUAAAGAGAAAGUAUAUGUGGGAUCUAUCAAAACCGUCAUCGGCCACCUCGAAGCCGGUUCGGGCAUUGCGGGCGUACUGAAGGCAACUCUGGCCGUGCAACAAGGCAAAAUUCCACCGAACCUACAUUUCAAGGAACUCAAUCCUGCCAUUAAGCCUUUCUAUGACGCCCUCGGUGUGCCUACCACAAUCACUCCCUGGCCAACGUUAGCACUUGGUGUGCCCAGGCGCGUGAGUGUGAACAGCUUUGGAUUUGGUGGCGCCAAUGUGCACGCCAUUGUUGAGCAGUGGUCGCUAGAUUCGCGAAGCCUUGCUUCUCCAUUGCAGACAAUUGGCAUGCGUGAAGAUGGUGCGGGCCUCCCUAUGCAGAUUUCGGCCAACUCAAGCGGAUCGCUAGCAGCCAUGGCUGCAGCACUUGGAGAGCACCUUCAGACACACCCUGAUAUAAAGCUCGUCGACCUAGCUUACACUUUAUCACGCCGGGGUAACUUUCCGUUUCGAGCAUCGUUCUCGGCAAUCUCUACGGCGCAACUGGCCGAAAAGCUGGGAAAUAGUACCGGCCUUGCCAACACAAAUCGCGCACGAGCCAUAUCAGAGAAGUUCCCUCUGCGGAUCUUGGGAAUCUUUAACGGACAGGGUGCGCAAUGGCCGACGAUGGGUAAGGAGCUUUAUCAGAAUUGUACUCUGUUCCGCGACGCCAUAAGCCAGAUGCAGCAAAGUCUGGACGACUUGCCAGAUGGUCCAGAAUGGUCUCUCGCCGACCAGCUGUGCGCCCCCCCAGCAAGAUCCCGUGUCCAGGAGCCCGCCGUGUCGCAACCGCUCUGCACUGCCUUGCAGAUCGCAUUGACUGAGCUUCUUCGGGCGGCUGGUAUCACCUUUAGCGGGAUUGUGAGCCAUAGCAGUGGUGAAGUGGCGGCCGCAUAUGCUGCGGGCUAUCUCAGCAUGUCUGACGCUAUCCGAGUCUCGUAUCUUCGAGGGAAGUAUACCAAUUUGGCGAAAGGUUCGGACGGAUUGCCGGGUAAGAUGAUUGCAGUUGGUCUAUCACUCGAGCAGGCCACAGUUCUUUGUAAAGAAAUUGGAGCCGACAAGAUCUGCGUCGCUGCCAACAACUCGGGGCGCAGCUGUACUCUAUCUGGCGACGCCGAUGCCGUGGAUGAGGCGCAACAGCGUCUUGAUGCACAGGGUACCUUUGCGCGUACACUCAAAGUGGACGCAGCCUACCACUCACCCCAUAUGCUGGCUUGCGCAGAGCCCUAUUUGGAGUCUCUGCGCAGAUGCAACAUAAUUAUUCAAGAUGGCCCUUACCACUGCAAGUGGUAUUCUAGCGUGUACGGAUCAGACGGCAGGAGCCGUUCAUUCGAGAUUGACGGGCAGCUUGAGGGCCAAUACUGGGUUGACAAUAUGACGCACCCCGUAAUGUUUGCACAGGGAGUGCGCAGGGCCAUCACCGAGGACCACGUCCACGACAUGGUGCUUGAGAUUGGCCCCCAUCCAGCUCUGAAAGGGCCUGCGAAUGAAGUUAUCAAGUCCCUUAUCGGCUAUGAGCUGCCUUACUCCGGAGUGCUGAAGCGCGGCCAGAAUGCCUUGGAAAGUUUUUCGGACGCCAUAGGCUUCAUCUGGGAAAGGUACACGUGCCCAAAGCCACUUUUCGACUUUAACUCUCUGCAAUUAGCGUUCCGAGGAAGCGCUGCGAGAGCACCUACUGUUCUCAAGGGCCUUCCUUCCUAUAGCUGGGACCACAGAACGGCCUUUUGGCACGAGUCCCAGCAGUCCAAGGCCAUCCGCACCCGCUCUGCCCCACGCCACAUGAUGCUGGGUCAUGGCACGUCUCAUGGCGAGGGAAGUAAGCGUGAAGUUCGCUGGCGACAUAUCUUCAAACUGGAUGAAAUGGCCUGGCUGCGGGAGCAUAAGUUCCAGGGGCAAGUUAUCGUUCCCGGUGCUGGCUAUGUCUCAAUGGCAUACGAGGCGACGGUGCGCUUGGCUGCUGAGCUGAACGUGUCAGUGAAACUGGUUGAGCUGAAAGAAAUCAAGAUCCAUCGGGCUAUUUCUUUAGAGGAGAAUUCGCCGGGAACGGAUGUCGAGUUUGUUAUUCGUACUACUGGUAGUUCGAGCGACUGCAUCUCGGCCGAGUACGCCUGCUACAGCGCUCCCACCGAGGCAGCGCCCUCGGAUGCUCGCCUUACCAGUGGCAGGGUGAACUUCACGGGACGCGUUGACAUUGUGCUCGGAGACCCUUGCCAAGACGCGCUUCCUUCUCGGAUCCCACAUCAGUUGCCGAUGCAGACCGUCAACGUGGAAGAGCUCUAUCCCGAGGUGCGCAAGAUCACGGGUGUUGAGCACUAUGGAGACUUCCGUUUUGUAGGACUGAAGCGCCGUCACAACCAGGCCGAAGUCAAGUGUAAGAGCAUCCAUAGCUCGCUCCGAAUCCAUCCCGCCACGCUUGACCAAGCUGUCCAAGGCAUCUUCAUGGCCUUCUCUUUCCCAGGCGACGGACGUCUCUGGACCACUUACCUACCCGCUUCAAUCAACCUCGUCCGUGUCAACAUGUGGGCUUGCCCAGACGAGGGCAAUGAAGAAUUCUUGACGGCCGACGCUCUGCUCACAGGCACCGACACCAAGUCCUUCACCGGCGACGUGGACAUCUUUUGUGAGGACCAUGGGCACCCACAGAUGCAAGUCCGGGGCCUCCGAUGUGCCAGCUGGGUCCAAGCCGGCCAAAAGAGUUGGAACGACCGCGCGCUAUAUGCAAAGCACGACUUUGUGCGGGAUGUCUCUGCCGGCAUCGAACCGAGCCAGCAAGCCGUUAUGACGGCGAAGACGAGGGCUCUGACAGAGAUCAUUGAUCGCGCAGCUUAUUUCUAUCUUCGCAGGUUGAAGUCUGAGAUUCACACAGACGAGAUGCCUUCAAUGGAGUGGCAAUAUCGUCACCUGGUGACUUGGGUAUUGGAGCAUUUGGUGCCCGAGGUCGAGGCCGGAACGUCCGAGUUAGCGCAGCAGGACUGGGCGAAUGACACUGAAGACAUGGUGAAGGCUUGGGGGAAAGAGUUUGCCGAGAGUAUCGACCUUCAGGCUGUUCUGACUGUCGGUGAGAAUCUCGUGCCUAUUGUCCGUGGACAGGUACCGGCGUUGCAAGUGUGGAAGCAGGAUGACUUACACGACCGGAUCUACCGCGAGUCGAAAGUAAUCAGCGACACAAACCACGACCUCUUCGUCUUUGUUGGCCAAUUAUGUCACCGAUACCCGCACAUGAGGGUGCUCGAGAUUGGCGCCGGCACUGGAGGCUCAACAAAGGGCGUUUUGGCCGCUCUCGAAGGACGCAUGGGCUCGUACACCUUCACGGAUAUAUCGCCGAGCUUCUUUCAAAAGGCACGCAAGGACUUUGACAAGUACAGCGACCGCAUGGUUUUCAAGACGCUGGAUAUCGAGGAUGAUCCAUCAACUCAGGGCUUCGAAUUGGGUUCGUACGACCUAAUUAUUGCAUCCAACGUACUGCAUGCUACCCGUCGGCUCAGCAACACGUUGAGCCAGUGCCGAGCACUUCUCCGUCCCGGUGGACACUUGCUUUUGAUGGAAAACACGCGCAUCACUACAACUUUCCAACUACUUUUCGGCGUUCUACCGGGCUGGUUCCUUGGCCUUGACGAUGGCCGUGUCUGGGCGCCCAGUACCACCGUACAGGAAUGGAGCGACGUGCUGAAGAGGGUGGGCUUUUCCGGGGUUGAUGCCAGUGUGACCCCCUACAGCAGCGUCAUGGUGUCGCAGGCUGUAGAUGACACAGUUCAAACCAUCCGUGACCCGCUCAACUCCAAAGCAGGUCUUCCACGACUCGAUGAGCUCCUUAUCCUACGGGAUGAGAAGCCAUCCUCGCGCGGUGCUCGGCUUUCCGAUAAGGUCGAACGACUGGUGGGUCAUUUGUUUGGCAAUGUCACGCGCAUCACCUAUCCUGAAGAUUUCAAGGCCAGUAGCGUCAAGGCUCCCAACAACACAGCGGUUCUGUGCUUCACUGACCUAGACACCCCGAUUUUCGAUGGAAUGAACGAACAGCGCCAUCGGGGACUACAGGAGAUCGUCCGGCAUGCCAAGGCGGCCCUCUGGACUGUUUCAAGCGCCGAAGACGACCCCUUUGUCAAUAUGAGCGUCGGGUGGGCACGAACUGUUUGGCUCGAGAACCCUGACAUGAAGUUUCAGCUCGUCGACAUUGACGACUGCGAAGCGGUUGACGCCGAGAUUAUCGCCACCGCGCUCCUGCGACUCGUUUGUCUGGGCACACCACAGGCCGCUGAAGUGCUGUGGAGCACCGAGCCCGAAAUUGCGCUGCGGGAUGGGGCCCUAUACAUCCCGAGGCUUCUACCAAAGCCGAAGAAAGCGGCUUUCGAAAUCACUCAUUCCGGGGUGCGCCAAAAUGAUGUGCUCGGAAAUAGUCUGCCUCUCACAGUUGAGAUUGCCGAAGGACGUGAUGGUGUCUUGAAUCUUGAGCCUGUACCUCAGCAUCCUGUUGGCGAUGACGAGGCGCAUAUACAAGUACUUGCCUCCUCAGCCUAUCCGCUCGUGGCAUCCGAUGGGCAAUCGACAUAUCUGUGCGUUGGAGAUGUUCUUGAGUCUGGAAAGAAGGCCAUCAUUCUGUCCCCCGUAAACGCCUCAGUCUUGUGCGCAUCCAGGUUGGAAAUAUUUCCCGCGUCUCCUGAAGACCCUUGCCAGCUACUGCACCAGCUUCUGGUGAGCCUCAUCUCAGAGGAUGUUGUGAGCAAAUCCAGUGGGCCGAUCUGGGUGCACGGCACAAACAGCAGCUGGACUCGAGCCAUGCAAGAGGCGGCUCAUCGCCAAGGUGUUGAGCUUUACCUGACCACAUCAGAUGAAGAAAUCGCCAGAAGCAAGAAGGUGAAGUUCAUUCAUCCGUAUAUCACGCUGAAUGCAUUGUGGCAAAUCUGGCCGCGGAAUGUCAAGGCGUUCGUCAAUUUGCAGCAGGGACGCCGGCGUCCAGUGGAUGAAGCUAUAGACAAGCUCAUGGAGACAACAAGGAUGCCCAAUAUCAGCCCUGAAAUGACGAUGGGUGGGUCUUCGACUUCGAGAUCGAACAGGCUAGCUCUCUCGUUUGACGUUAUGACCUCGAACUACGAUCAUACGGCUGUUUUACCCAUAGAAAAGGUGGCAUCUUCGACGGUCGACUUACAAAGGCCCGACAAACUUGUUGAUUGGCGCACUCUGGAGAUCGCCACGCGCAAUGUACACCCACACCAGCAACCAAAUAUUUUCUCGCCGAACAAGACGUACAUCCUCUUUGGCCUUGGCGGCGAUGUCGGCAACAGUAUUUGUCUGUGGAUGGUCGAACACGGGGCCCGGUACGUUGUCACAUCCAGCCGUAACCCCAAAACGCCGCCGGCUGUAGUUGAAUAUCUCGCCAACAAGGGAGCAACGGUUCGCGUUGUGCCUCUUGAUAUCACCAACCGAAAGGCCCUAAAUGCAUUCGUCCAUGAUAUUAAAUCCACCAUGCCUCCAGUGGGUGGUGUUAUGCAUGGCGCUAUGGUAUUGCGCGAUCGUCUCUUCCUCAAUCAAUCAUGGAGCGAUUUCGCCGCCAUCUUGGCGCCCAAAGUGGAGGGCGCACGCAACCUCGACGAGGUAUUCGGUCCGCAGAGCAAUCUCGACUUCUUCAUUCUCCUCUCCUCGGCUACAUGCAUUUUGGGGAAUUCAGGACAGGCGGCAUACACCGCUGCCAAUAUGUACAAUACGAGCCUCGCCGCUCAGCGUCGUCGGCGCGGCAUGGUAGCCUCGGUGAUCCAUAUUGCUGAGCUUGUUGGUCUCGGUUACUGGCAUCGUGCCAAGGGCGAUCGGCCGUGGGACCUGGGCUUCAUGAAGCUUUCCGAGACAGAUCUACACGAUACACUGGCGGAUGCGAUACGGGUCGGGCAGCCGGGAUCGGGACACCCGAUUGAGCUUAUUUGUAACUUUAGGACAGGCACCGCGGGGAUAUGGAGAGAUAAUCCGCGGAUGUGGCAUUACUUCACCCCGAAGAACGACAAGCUGCUGGCCGGCCGGAACGGCGAAGACAGCGAGCAGCAAAGUAAGCACGACGGCAAGAGUGUUAAGGAGCUACUUGAUGCGGCCGAAGAUGAGGCCGCUGCCCAGGCGACGCUUGAAAAGUGCUUUGCUCAGGAGCUGCACACUAUGAUUCAGGUCGAGACCAGCCGUAUUGACAAGGAUAUGCCCGUGGCAGGCCUAGGUGUGGAUUCACUGGUUGCAGUUCAGAUCCGUUCCUGGUUUCUCAAGGAGGUCGGCGUCGAGAUCCCCGUCUUGAAGAUCCUG